UCGUGGAGGUACGUACUGUCGUGGAGGUACGUACUGUCGUGGAGGUACCUACUGACGCGGAGGUGGUCGACUUCAACAAUGUUGAACAUCUUGGCGGUUCUGGUGCCGACCUUCUUCUUGGCCGUCUCAGGACAAUGUGACUGGGGAACAUAUGGCGAGCACUGCAACUUGACUUGUCCUCGGAACUGUGCCCUUGUCCCACAAACUAAUCUUCAGCAUUGUAACAGAGACACGGGGAAGUGUUCUGCGGGAUGCCGGCGUGGUUGGCAUGGUGAUCUGUGUGACCAAUCCUGCAGCACCAACUGUCUCAACAAGACCUGUAACCUGCAAACUGGGCACUGCACACUUGGCUGCAAUGGAACCAACGUUGGAGAUUUUUGUAACAGUACACGAGAAUGUGCCCGUGGCUUGUAUGGAGAUGCGUGUCAACAUCCCUGCAGCAGCAACUGUGUGGAGGAAAGAUGCAACCAAACAACUGGAGUCUGUAUACUUGGCUGUAAUGGGACUUAUACUGGACAGUUUUGUAACAUCACGAACGCUAGCAACAUCAAGGAAGAAGCACACAAUCUGGCUGCCAUACUGGUUCCUGUCUUCCUGCUUGUAGUCGCCACAGUCGUCGUGGUCCUAUUAUGGCGCAGACGGAAAAACAGUGCACAAAAUGCGGAAGGAACUGAAGCUGAGGAGACGGCUCCACUGCAAACUGGAAUAAUGAAUGAAGAAUUAGCAGCACCCGGGGAGAUGACUCCACAAGAAACUGGAAUAAUGACUGAAGAAGGAGUUGAAACCGAGGAGACGACUCCACUGCAAACUGGAAUAAUGACUGACGAUUGGCUACAACACGAGAUGAAGCACGCAGAAACCGUUUUUAAGGAAACUAGCAUCUACAAAAGAGUGAAGAAGGAACUGGAGACACAGAGACAUGUGACGAUGAGCGGAACAGCAGGGGGGAGGGAAGACCACUAUUGCUCUGAUGUUAGGGAAACACUAUAACGACAAAGGCUUUAAAGUGUUUUUUGUUGCUGAUGUUUGCAAAAUCAAUCUGAGUGAUUGUUUAGAUGGAGAGGACAAAGUUUGUUUUAUAUUUCAUGACAUCUUCAAAACGGUCCAGUUACCAAGGGACAAACCACAUGUUGACUGCAUUUUAAGUGGACUUGAAAAACAGUUUGAAACCUGUAAAGAGGAAAGUAAAAGAGAACUUUAUGCAAUAUUAACUGCAAACACAAACACAGUCAGAGGUGAAAUUUCAGAAUUUGGGAAAUCAUUUUUUAGUGGUUCUUCUUUCAUUGACCUCACCAAGUUUUCUUAUCAGUACUCACCCGAGGAGAAGGAGGAAAUAUUUAACAAUCAUUAUAAAUCAUCACAUUCAGAUGAUCCCCUGGGCCUCGAUGUGGAAAAGAUUUGUGGUUUUGAACAAUCUGUUUUAGGCUUUCCUCAAACUUCCAAACUAUUUUUCGCAUUUCCAAAUUUUCAAAAGCACCGUGAAGAGUUUUUCCGUGAGCCUUUUCUUUACCUUCGAGAAGAACUGAAAACAAUUCUCCACCAAAUGAAUGACCAGUCAGGUGCUCUCAUCCUGAUGUUUCUGUGCAAGGAGAGACUUAACUUACCUGAAGUGGAAGCGAAGUCUGACAAUCGUGACCUGGAAGAAAUGUUUACAAGAAUUAAAGAUGUUGUACAAAUUUCCUCACGUACUCAUCUAGCAAAUUCCAUCAGGCAUUUCUCUGGUACGUUUUUCACCAAAGGAGACAUAACAGGGUUUGCCCAUCCUUCCAUCUACGAUGCCUGUGCGUGUGCCUUAUUCACUCUCAACCCAUCCCUCGUCUUGGAAUAUUGUCAUGUGAAGUUCCUUCGUGAUCAUGUGCGUCCUGACCAACAUCUGGAGACUUCUACUGUGGACAAAAAUCGACCUAUCAUCCACGUAUCAGAUGUCUACAUUGCCAUGGCUGAUAAAAGGCUAGGUACUAUCGACGGUCAUUCAGAGAAGCUGUCAAAAGAAGAGGAUUGCAAUGCUGGUGUCAUGAGCAAAGGUUGGCUGGACAAAGAGUUGGUGAAGACAGAAGAUGUGUUUGUGAAAACUGGCAUCUACGACACAGUGAAGACGACGUUGGAAACUCACGGACACGUGACAAUGAGUGGUGGAGCAGGUGGAGGGAAGACCGCCAUUGCUCUGAUGUUAGGGAAACAUUAUGAGGAGGAGCAAGGCUUUCUGCAGGUCCAUGUUGCUGAUGUUUCCAAAUUAAAGUUGUGUGUCUACACACGUGAACUUUCUCACAGGAGCGUGUGUUUCAUACUUCAUGACAUUUUUAGGAUCAUAGAGCGUUCAAGAAACAUAGCUGUUCUCAAAAGUGUUUUGCGUCAACUGAUCGAGUGUAAGAACAAGACACAAAAACACAAACUGUUCAUCAUAUUUACAGCUAAUACAUAUAGUGACCGUGGUGUGAUAUCUCAGUUUGGGGAUGAAGGGUCAUAUUGCUUCAGUGAUCCAUCGUUCCUUGACUUCAAUAAGAUGUCUUGUCAGUACACACCUGAAGAGAAGAGACUAAUCUUUGACAAACUUUGCAAAGGUUUUGACACAGCUGUCAAUGUGAAAAAGAUUUGUGGAUUCGACCAAUCCAUCCUUGGCUUUCCUCAAACAUGCAAACUUUUUGUUGGGUUCAAAAAUUUUCGAAACCACCCGGAAGAUUUUUUUCAAAGGCCUUUUCACUAUCUAAAAGAAGAAAUGAAUUCAAUUCUUGGACGCAGGGGUGAUCAGUCAGCUGCUCUCAUCCUGAUGUUUUUGUGUGAUGGUUCACUGAACUUGCACCAAGUUGAACUCCCGUCUGACAACAAGGUUCUCCAGGAUCAGUUCAAGACCAUGAAUGACGUGGUACAAUUUACAACGAGGACAGCUGUAGCCAUGGCAGUGAGGCAGUUUUGUGGUAGCUUCUUCACAAAAGGAGAUAUAACGGCAUUUGCCCAUCCUACCAUCUAUGAUGCGUGUGCCAUUGCCUUAUACGGGAACCACCGAGUGUUGGUGCUGAGAUAUGCCAGUAUAAGGUUCCUCUGUGAGCACGUGUACACCAAAGAAACAGAUGAUACCUUCCCUGAGACUAUGGUCUAUGUACCUAAAGCCUACAUCGUUGAACUGAGAAACAGACUGUCUAAAUUAGACAGACAUCCCAACUAUACAGCCCUCCAGACAUUGAUUGGGAAAUAAUCUGGCAUUAGCUGUGAACCUAGCAAUGACGUGUAAUCCUGUCUUCAUCAGUCUGAUACAGCCAUAUGUUUACCUGGACUUUCUAAAUCUGACUCAGGUGCAAGGUGAAAUACGUCCAGACAUGGCGAUUAAACUUGUCUCGUUUGAAGAAUCGGAUUUCUCCAUGAGUAUGUCUAUUCAUCGAAGAAUAAGAAGCAAGAACUGAAAUACUUGCAUUCGAACACAAUGUGUCAGAUGCCAAUAAUGAAGAGAUGUGCACAAGUGACAAUAUAACCAUUUCAUGACAAAUGCUGUACAACGUAUAUUUCCUUGCACCCAGAAGAGUAUACCUGUGGAAUGAUGCCAUGCUUCAUGGGGUUAUUGAUUAUUCAGAUACCAAUGAAAUGGACAACCCUCAAAGACCUCAUAUAGACCAUGUAUCGUCAGACAUUGGCAACGAGCCGAACAAAUUUAUAAAAACAAUAUUUGUGAAUUUUAUUAUAUUUCAUUUGAAAUAUAAACCUUUAACUAACAGAGAGACAAAGUGAGUAGCCAAACAUUAGGUUGGGUGAUGACUAGCCAUGUCGUCGA